UGACUUGAAACAUCGACGUGACAUGUUAGCAGCCACGAAGACAAUUCAAUACAAUGUGGCUGAUUGGGUGCAUGUGAUUACUUGGCCAUGGUUCCUACUAUAUUUGAAUACGGUGCCGUUAGUGCGCGCAAGCAAAUUGGAAGAAACCAUGGAACAGUUACGCACCGACAUUGAUCAAUUUGAGAAUACACUUGCUGGUAAAAAGAAUGAACGCAAUCAAUUGGAAUUGCAGUUGGAGAAGAUUAACGCCGAAAAGAAUCAAGUCUUGGCUGAGAUUAAGAGUUCACGAUCUGAGAAUACUGAAGCCGAGGAUCAAAUCGAUCGUUUGACUGCCGAAAAAGAGACAAUGGAAAAGGAACUGGUUGAAGUUGAGGCGAAACUUGAUGCCGAACAGAAGAAGACCGCACAAGAGAAUGAAGCAGUGAAGAAACUAGCACAAACCAUCGACACGAUGCGAAAGAGUGCACAGGACUUCGAGAUGAAUAAACGUAAAACGACUGCGGAUAAGAUGGCAAGAGAUAAUCAGAUUCGAUCGUUGAAAGAUGAGAUCGCACAACAGGAACAAGCAAUCGCAAAACUCAAUAAAGAGCGUCAACUACAAAACGAAGAAGCCAAACGUCUCGCCGAGGAAAUAUCGGCUCAAGAAGAACGCACAGGCCAAGGUAACAAAACUAAAUCACGACUUGAGGAAACACUUCGGGAACUGGAAGAUGAAUUGGAAAGAGAGAAACGCAAUCGUACAGAUGCAGAUAAAGCGAAGCGCAAAGCCGAAGGUGAAGUACGCAUAGCGCACGAGAGUUUAGAGGAGUUGGACAGUCAAAAGCGCGAUGUGGAUGCGCAAAUAAGGAAGAAAGAGGUGCAGCUGCACGAGAGCGGUAUCAAGUUGGACGAUCAACAGGCGCUUUACGUACGGCUUACGAAACAGAUGAAAGACGAACAAGGACGUGCGAGUGCA